AUGAACAGCUUGAAGAAUCUGCGCCACGCGCUCUCCCCAAUACUCCGCGGCAGUCCCGCCAUCCGGCCAAAGCCGCCGCCGCCCCCGCCCCCAAAACCGUCAACUCGGUGCUACCACACGUCCCCGCGGCGACCCGAGCCUAGCCCAGGACUCCUUCGCCGCAUAACUAGCCCUGUCGCGAGCCGUACACCGGCGCCGGCGCUCCCUCGGCACUACUCCUCGUUGUCGUGGGGCUCAUUCUUCAGCAACCCGCUCCGCGGCGGGGAGAAGUGGUACCAGAACCAGCAGAUAGUCUACGCGGCGGUCGCCACCACCUGCGGCGUGGCGCUCACCCUCUGCUUCGGAACCUUCGAGACCGUGCCCUACUCCAACCGCACCCACUUCGUCAUGGUCACGCCCAGCUGGGAGCGCACGCGCGGCGAGAGCGAGUUCAGCAAGAUGAAGAAGAAACUGGAGAAGAAGAUCCUCCCGCCGGACCACCCCGACAGCGUCCGCGUCAACCGCCUCGUCACGGAGAUCGUCGGCGCCGCGCAACGCGGCCUUGCCAGCCGCGAGAUCUUGUACGCCGGUGACGCCUCGUACGGGGGCAUCCCUUCUAGCCACGAUACCAAUGCCGAUGCAGCAGCCCGCCCCGCUCCUGCAUGGUACGAGGACAUCUCUGGUUGCUAUGAUCAAGAGACCAACGACGCCGCCCGGCGAGACAAGGAGGUUCGGAAUAACAAGUCGGUCUCGGUGAACGCAUCGUACGGGAGCAUCUCUUCUGGUGACCAUGAUACAGAGGCCGACGCCGCCGCCCGGCGAGGCAAGGAGGUUCUGGAUGACAAGUCAGUCUCGGUCCCACAGAGCCGGAGCCGAUGGAAGGCCAAGGGAGCGCCGCUGCAGGCGAAGCAUCUCGACGGGCUCAACUGGGAGGUGAUCGUUGUGCAGGAGAAGGGCGUUAACGCAAUGUGCUUGCCCGGUGGCAAGAUCAUUGUCUACACUGGCCUGCUCGACCACUUCAAGACCGACGCCGAGGUCGCCACCGUGCUGGGGCAUGAGGUUGGGCACGUCGUUGCGAGGCACGCCGCAGAGCACAUCACCACGAACAUCUGGAUUAUGAUCAUCGAGUGUUUCAUCCAGAUUUUCUCUGACGCCGACGCAAAGGAUCUGGAUAGAGUAUCCUCGCUGCUCUUCCGAUUGCCUUUCUCAAGAAGGAUGGAGCUAGAGGCAGAUCAUAUUGGAAUCCUACUGCUAAGUGCCACUGGUUUUGAUCCACAUAUAGCCCCUUCAGUCUAUGAAAAGCUAGGGAAGAUAGGUGGGGAUUUGGGAGUUUUUGAUUUUAUCUCUACUCACCCUUCAAGCACGAAAAGAGCGCGACUUUUAUCGGAACAUAUGGUCAUGGAGGAAGCGAUGGAGCUAUAUAUAGAUGCAAAGGCCAGUACAGAAAGCAGAGGUUUCUUCUGAUUCGUGUGUCUUGAUCACGACAAUGUGAGAGAUAUCUCCGUUGAUUAAUC